CGCACACGAGAACCAUGCAGGACUACGUGGUGAUCUCGCUCGUCGUUCUCGUCGGUUUCGCCGUCGGGCAGGAAGAUUCUGCGCCACUGCCCAGCUGCAACAACCCUGAGGAGACAAAGUCUUUCAUGGACCCGAGCGGCUGUGACAAGUACAUGCUCUGCUCGAACGGCACCCUGUCGUUCGAGACCUGCGAGAACGGUCUGCUCUACUCGGGCAAGGGGGCCGUCCACGAGUUCUGCGACUACCACUGGAGGGUCGACUGCGGCGAGCGGCCGUUCGAACUGAGCGAAUCCCGCGAGGGGGCGUGCCCCUAUAGCUUCGGCGUGUUCCCGUCGGGCGAGGGGUGCGCCGACUACUUCCUCAAGUGCGCGUUCGGCGAGGUGGAGCCGGAGAUAUGCGACGAGGGCCUGGCGUACGACGACCGAAGCCACGCCUGCAACUGGCCCGACCUGCUGCCAGAGUGCUCCAUCGGAGACGCCGAGCAUCUGGUCGGCUUCUCGUGCCCGGCCGAGAUCCCGGUCGGCUCCGCUUCGAUCCGCUUCGGCCAGUUCCCGCGCUUCGCCACGGGCGAGUGCGACCGCGUGGUGACGUGCGUCAACUACUACCCGCGCCUGAUCAAGUGCUCGGCCAGCCAGUCGGUGGACGACAACUCGCUCACCUGCGUGCCCAGCGAGCUGGUCCCCGGCUGCGGGGCCAGGAAAUAGUCCGAUCGCUGCAAUUGCGCCAUCUACGAUACAAGAUGCCUCGGACGGAGUCGGCGGCGUUGCCGAAG